AUGUCCCACGGCAAGAGGUCCGGACGAAACGGUCUGCUCUAAAUUUUAAGUCCUAAAAGAGUCACAGAUCAUUCAGAUUCAUCAGCUUCACAGUCAGCGUGAGGAGAGGGAGAGAAUAUCGUCUCCCACGUUGAGAACGGAAGGGAAAGGACCGGAAGAGAAGAGAAAAGAUAUGGGGGUUAGAGGGGAAGAGAAAGAAGCGGAGGGAGUAAUGGCCACGGACUUCUUCUGGUCGUACACGGACGAGCCCCACGCUUCCAGGCGCCGCCAGAUUCUCUCUCAGUACCCACAGAUCAAGGACCUUUUCGGCCCCGACCCCUGGGCUUUCCUCAAGGUUUUGGUUGCUGUUUUGCUUCAGCUGUGGACUGCUACUUUUCUUCAUAAUGCUGGCUGGCUGAAAAUACUGGCAAUUGCCUACUUCUUUGGCUCUUUUCUCAACCACAACCUAUUCUUAGCCAUCCAUGAGCUCAGCCACAAUCUUGCCUUCUCAACUCCAGUCUACAACCGUUGGCUCGGGAUUUUUGCUAACCUCCCUAUUGGUGUGCCGAUGUCUGUCACAUUUCAAAAAUACCACCUUGAACAUCAUCGCUUCCAAGGAGUAGAUGGCAUUGAUAUGGACAUCCCAAGCUGUACUGAAGCCCAUCUUGUGACAAAUGUUGUUUCUAAAAGCAUAUGGGUCAUCUUCCAACUCUUCUUCUAUGCUCUCCGGCCUCUAUUUCUGAAACCAAAACCUCCUGGUUAUUGGGAGUUCAUCAAUUUAUUUGUUCAGAUAGCCCUGGAUGCAGCCAUGGUUUACUUUUGGGGCUGGAAAUCUUUUGCCUAUUUGAUUCUUUCGACAUUCGUUGGGGGUGGGAUGCACCCAAUGGCUGGUCACUUUAUUUCAGAACAUUAUGUUUUCAAGCCUGACCAGGAGACAUAUUCUUACUAUGGCCCCCUGAAUCUUAUGACAUGGUGUGUGGGAUACCACAAUGAGCACCAUGAUUUCCCCAGAAUUCCUGGGAGCAAGCUCUACAAGGUGAAGGAGAUCGCACCGGAGUAUUAUGAGGGUUUAGAGUCAUAUAAAUCUUGGAGUCAGGUCAUUUACAUGUAUAUCAUGGACCGGGCAGUUGGUCCGUUUAGCCGAAUGAAGAGAAAGGCAACAAAAUCUGAAUAGUUCUUUUUAUUCUAUACUACUUGUUCCAUAUUUUUUGUCCUCCCCUGGAUUGGCAAUAUUUAUUUUCUCUCUAAUUUGCUAUUAUGUAUAACAUCUCUGUGGAGUGCUGUAGUUGUAGGCUGAAAUUUGUUUGUUUAUUCGUUGACAAUGCAGAAGUCUUGUUUAUUU